CUACAGAUUGCCCGCUCCUGCCCUAAGUAAUGAUGGCAACUCUUUAGCUGCCGCUUAAGGAAAGAAGCAGGAGGCCAUUGGCUGCGGCUAAAAACAAGGCGCCCCGCUAUUGGACGAGCUGGAUUCGGAGCAGGAUCGGGCCGUGCCGAGGGACUGAGAAGUGAGAAAUGAGGAUCUGGUGGAAAAAUGGGGGGGCCUCCCAGCUGCUGACCCCAAGGGGGUGUGGGGUCUGAGUCCAGCCAUGGAAUGCGCUCUUCUUGAAGGAACUUCUGGCAGGGAUCCUCGGCCAUUAUCCACUUUUGAGAAGACAGUCAGGCGACGAAAAGUCCUCAUAUUCAGGCCUGCGGCUGAGGAGCAAGAAACCCCUGUACUUCCUCCAGAGCCCCUGGACAGAGGGAGAACCUCACCCCCCUUGUGUGAGGAUGAAAGGUGGUCACCCAAGAAGAGGCAGCGGCUUCUACAGGGCUCCCCCCCAAUGGCAGAAAAGAGCAGGGGCAGUUGUGGUGGGACAGGAGAGACCCUGUGGCGUGUGGCAUCUCCCAUGGAGAAGAAACAGCGAAGGGUGCUGGCUGUUGAUCUGCAAGACUUUUCCACAACCCAAGUGCCUGAGAUUUCACAAAGGUGCUCACUUUUACAAAGGCCUGCCUUGUUUCCUUCCACAAAUCCCCUCCAGCCGACAGUUGGGAAUGAGACCGAAGUUUCCUGGUCAGGAAAAGGGCAGAGUAGCACUGUGUGCAGAUUGCUUCCCCCUAAGGUAGAUUCUCAGCCCUGCCAGGAGCCUUGGAAGCAGCUGGCUCACACCUGCCGGCAUCUGUGGGACCAAAGGCUGUCUCCCCCUCGCUGCCGUGAGUCAGAGCGCCUGCAAGCCAAGAGGCAGCGCCUGCAGAAGGGGGUUUCUCUAAUGAAUGGCAGAGAGGGGACACAGGCCAUCCCAGAGGAGAAAGCUCAUCAGCUGACCCCCACUUUGGACGACUCUCAGUUGAACCAAGCCCAGGAUGCCGGCGUUGCCAAGGAGCUGCUGGAGAACUUUCCAUCCCCCUGCAGGAGUGAUCAGCUGGAGUUGCCUCAUCAGCCAUCAUCUUCGAGUGCAGAAAAGCCAGCGCCUUCAGAUCUACGUGACUGUGGCUGUCGCCCAGAUCUCUCCUCUGAAGCAGCCAGCCCUCCUUCAGCUUUGACCCUCUUGAGCUCAUCUGCGGUCCCCCGCUUCAGGCCCUGGGGCCUGGCCCCCGUCUUCCAGAGCAUGCGUUCGAAACUGGAGGCCUUCGCCGACAUCUUCCUCAGCCCCUCCAAACCGUCCCUGCCGCCUGCUGAGGGGCCCCCCUCCCUGUUACCACAUCCUCCAGGAGACGCGGAUGAUGCGGCAGGUGCUCCGCCAGCUACCCCUCGCCCGGGGGUCAAGAUUGAGGUGAAAAUUGCCAUUUCUGAACCGCGUCCCCGGAAGAGGAGCUGUUGCCAUGAAGAAGAGAAAGCAGCAGCAAGCGACCUGAUGGUGAGCGGGAGGCCCCCCAUCCGCCAGUGGCGCCUGAAGGAAGGAGACCCGGCUGCUCAGCCCCGCCUUGGACGGAGCUACUCCUGCCCUGAUUUUCCUAGAGCCUGCUCUUGGCAAACCGCCUCUUCUGGGCCUUCCCCGUCGCAGCUGCGGCAACGCCGACACACGGUUUGCAGUCUGGAGGUAUUUCGAGAACUGGGCCGUCCCACUCUGCCCUGCCUGCGCAAGGAAGUGUACCCCUUCAGCAUUCCUCCUGCCCGCCUCCUGCUAGGCCCCUUGGUUCACGCCGCCCGCUGCGAUCCGUCCUCCUACUCUCCCCUUGCGUCAUCCUGCUGUCAUGAAUCGGACCCGGCCCAUUCCAGGAGCAUCUCCCUCUCCCCAGGUGGUGGGCAAAGGGUACCUGCUGUGGGCCUAGGCAUGGCUGCAUCAGAGCGGUUGAUGCUUUCAGACGUUGAGAUGAAGGGAUCCCAAGAGAACACUAUAGGGAAGGUGUCCUGCAUAAGAAUCCGCAAGACGCCAGCCAGGCACCAAGCCAAUCUCACUCCCAUGGGGCUUCCCCGUCCGGUCAGGCUGAACAAGAAAGAGUUCAGUCUGGAGGAGAUCUACACGAACAAGAACUAUCACACACCCACAGAGAAGAGAUCAUUUGAGACCAUAUUUGAGGUACCCCUGGAACGCAAUGGAGCCCUUGUCUUCACCAGCCAACGCAAGCUGAAGAGGGCGAUGGAGUUCAGGGAGGGGGGCCUUCCCCGCAAGCAGCGCAAACCCCGCUUCCAAAGAGGACGCCGGGCAAGGGGAAGACGGGCUCAGCCCCCGUCCACUGAACUGGAGGAGAUGCUACAGCAGCGGCUGGCUGAACUGGAUGCCCUGUCUGAGGAGGAAGCGGGUUGAACCGAGCAGAGUCUACGUCCACUCUCGAGAAGGAAAAGUAUAUCUAGGAUGACUUGCCUUUCUGUCUUUCCCCCUUCCCCAAGACACUUUCUCACACCAGUCAUGUGUUUUGUCUAAUAUUUUUUCCCCAAGCACCAAGUCCCCAUGAGCACUCCAACCUUCUCCCCUGGUUCUCUUCAUUCUCCAUAUCAUUCCCACCUAUUGAUCUCCAGUGACAGUUGUUUCAUCAUCCAGGGAUCCUAGGUUGACCUCCAAGCCAAGACAUUGCUGUCAUGAACACAGGGCUGGAUGUCACCCAGCAGCUUCCCUCAGCUAACUGCCUCCUUGCCCGAUUUUUCAUUUUGCCAUUCCCCUUUUUCUUUUGCUCACAAGCCUGAAGAACAGAACGUUGGAGGCACCCAAAAAUUGAUGGUGCCCAUUCCCUGCAUUCUGCUUCCAGUGCACAGUCAGACCAUCAGUGCCUCACCAGGAAGAGUGUGCGGACCCACCUGCUAGAGAUUCAGCACAGCAGGGGAUGUGUCCAACCAUGUGGAGAUCAAGUUACCCAUAUCCUGUGGCUGCCAUCUUGACUAAACCAGAAGAUUGGAACAUAAAAGCCCAUUGAUCGAAGAGGAAUGACAGGAGAGGAAGAGCAAAAACAGGCUUGUAAUGGGGCAGGAGAAAAAAUGGGAAGGAAGGGAAGAUGUGCCAAGAGGCUGGGAAAGGAUGUGUGUCCUCAGCCGUUGUUGAAACGUAAAUGGCUGUGAAUCCUGCUUCAGUAUUCCAAGUUUAAAUGGACUUACUGGGGUUGUGUUCUGUUAGGCGUGGCUGGGUGGGGCUGGGGAGUUGUUUGCGUUUUUGUAUUAAUCUAUAUUUCUAAUAAACUUUUCUGCUUGGGAGGAAAA